AUUUUUGGGUUGACGUGUAUAAAAGAGAGGCGAUAUAACAAAAGUAAUUAUAACGCGUCUAGAUUUCAUAGAUAGGACUCAGAAGCUUGACACAAUGAAGCUCGUGUUUAUAUUCAUCACAGUGUUGAUUGUGUCUGCAGUUGUCGAGAGUGUGGAGUUUGAAUCCUCUCCUUUAGUUGAUCAUGAUAUGGAUGACGAGAUCGAGGCUCCGAAGCUAGAUGUUGCUCCCUUUUCAGUCGAUGAUAUAAACAACGAGGUCGAGGCUCCAAAACCAAAAGAAACCAAGUUGAAGUCAAAAGAUGAUAUGGAGACUGAGUUUCAGGCUCUAAAAUCUGAAGUAUCUGAUUUGGAGACAAAAGUCCGACACCGAUAUUAUCGCCGCCAUGGUUGCAUUUCUGGGACUGCACAGCUUGGGUAUUCGAGUAGACGAAACAAACAUCGAAUUAUGUACAUACCAUUUCGUAGACCUUUCCGCAGGACACCUGCUUUAGUGUUUGGAAUGACCCAACUGGAUACCUACAGGGGAAAGAAUGUGAGGAUAAAAGCGACAGUAUCUCAUCUUUCUGGACAUGGAUUCAUGUUCAAAAUUGUAUCUUGGGGCGGCUCGAUUACCUACGAAGUUGUCUACUCGUGGAUGGCGUGUCCAAAGUAGAUCUACAAAGAAUCAGAUUUAUACCUAUUUCUCAUGCGUGUAUUCCAAUUGUGACUUUCUACAAACUCCUUGUUUUUAUCUUGUAAUGUUUUUAAUGUAAUAAAGCUUUACUCAAAUA